AUGGCGGACCUGACCUCUGGCUGCGAUUUCUGCGGCGUGAGCCUGCGGUUCGACACCCGAGAGGUCAAGGUCGAGAGCCACAGGAGGAACGCCACGACGCAGGUGCUGUUCGCGCAGCCCGCCUGCCCGCUGCUGAGGCCGCAGUGCUACGUCUCGGUGGUGGCGGAUGUGGCCCGAGGCACGCUGUCACUGUCGCUGGGCGGCGUGUCGCUGAUCAGCCACCUGCCGCUGGAGCGGCCGCCACCUGGCUCCGGCAGCGGCAGGGCCCCCGUGGUGGGCCUGGCCGUCUACGGCCGCACGCGCUGCUACCUCAACAGGUUCAAGGUGGCGCCCAGUGCGAGGCCGCCCCCCGCGGAGGAAGCCGCGCAGCCCGGGCGCAGCGUCACCGCGUCCGCUGCCGUGUCGGCGGCCGCCGCGGCCUACGCCGCCGGCGCGCCGGUGAGCGGCGCAGGGGGGGCCGCUCGGGAGGAGAUGGACCUCGCCUGUGCGAUCGAGCGGGACAUCGUGGUCGCCGACCUCAAGGUGCGAUUCGAGGACAUCGGCGGCCUCACCGACGCGAAGCGCGCCAUCAACGAGGCCCUGGUGCUGCCACUGCUGCUGCCCGACUUCUUCACCGGGCUGCGCAGGCCGUGGAAGGGCGUGCUUCUCUUCGGCCCCCCCGGCACCGGGAAGACGAUGCUGGCGAAGGCGGUGGCGUCGUGCACCGAGAACGUCACGUUCUUCAACUGCAGCUCGGCGACGCUGACGUCCAAGUGGCGCGGGGAGUCCGAGAAGCUGCUGCGGUCCCUCUUCGGAGCGGCGCGCUCGCGGCUGCCGGCCAUCCUGUUCUUCGACGAGAUCGACUCGCUGCUCUCGCAGCGCGGCGGCGGGGGGGAGCACGAGGCCUCGCGCAGGUUCAAGUCCGAGUUCCUCAUCCACAUGGAUGGACUGCUGACGACCCGGACCCUGGGGUCGCGCGGGCUGGUCACCUCCUGGUGCUGGCCACGUCGAACGCACCCUGGGACCUGGACGAGGCCCUGCGGCGUCGGCUCGAGAAGCGCAUCUAUAUCCCGCUGCCCGACGAGGCCGCACGGCUACAGAUCCUCCGGCAGCACAUGA